AUGGCGGACCCGGCCGGGGCCGGGAGGCCGGCCAAGAGGAAGCGCGGCGGCAGGCACGGGAGGCCAACCCCGGUCCCUAUCUUGGCAGGGUCGCCAAUCGCGCUGGCGAGGGCGGCGGCGAAAGCCGCGACCGCCGAAGGGGCCGCGUUCCACGGGAGCCGGUCCGACCUUGCCGACCAGGCCGAGGCGGAGGGAUGGGCCGACUCGGACCUCGGCAUGGAUCCGAAUGACGCCGAAGCAUUGGCCUGGCGGGACAGGAACCGAGCCGAGGCGGAGCUGGAGGCGGCGUCGGUCCGGGCUUGGACCGAUGCGGUGGCGGCAUGGGCGCGACCCGGCGCGGAGCCGGUCUGGCGCGAGAUGCCGGAGGGCACGGUGGUGGCGGCGACGGUCUUUGAGCCAUCGUCUGUGAGGGAGCGCGGCCGUGGAGGCCGGGCUGAGGUGGUGAUCCCCGACCGGGGGGUCGUGGAGGUGGAGGAUGACACCCCGCCGCGGGCCGACGUGGCCGAGCGAGCGGGGACUGAUGGUGGUGGAGGCGGCGUCGGCGUCCCGACGUCCGGGUCAGGGUCGGCGACGCAGGGCGUCCUGGAGGAGGUGCUGGCCGCGUCGCGAGCGGCCAGCGAGGAGCACGCCUUGGUGCCCCGGCAGGGAGAGCGCCGAGCUGCCGUGCCGCAGCCGGCGCGGAGCAGGGGCGCCGUUGUCUUCGGGCCUCAGACCGAGGAGGAGGCGGUGUUGGACGCCCAUCUCGACGCCUUCCGGGUCGCCGCCUACAAUCGUCUCCUGGGCAAGCACCGAGAGCUCGUGGAGCGGCUUGCCGCCAAGGAGGAGGAGCUCCGCGUCGCCGCAGCCGAGGUGCUGUCCUGGCGGACUCGUCUGCUCCGGGCCGGUAAUCACUACGACCGGCUCGUUGCCGGCACCGGCCGUCUUGGCGUCGAGGCGGCGCAGGCGAGGGCGGAGGCGGCCGCGGCUCGGCGGUCUCUCGACGAGGCCAACCGGCUGCAUGAGCAGCUGGCGGGUCACAAGAGCCGCCUCGAGGCCGAGGUGGAGCUCCUUAAGGCGGAAGCCGCCAAGGUGGCAGAGGCGCAGCAGACCCUGGUGGAGGUGGACCAGUAG